UCGUCACAGGUUAGUCGUUCAGUCUGUGCUCAAGAUGAAAGUUAUUGAAUAUAUGAUUUCUAGGUGGUAUUCUUCCAGUUCUUGAAGAAUUGAAAGAUUCUUGGAAUGAAUGACUGCGGAAGACUGGUUUUUCCCGUUACAUUGAACAUAACGGUAUAUUCUGUACGACCUUUCACUGCCAACGUGUUUAUUUCCGACAGUUUAAAUCUAAGUUCAAGGUGUUAAUCAAAUCCGAAAAAAGUGUAAAUAUUUUCAAAAAUGCCUUCGUUUGAAAAAAAGUCUGCUGUCAUGAAUGAAGUAGAGAAGCAUUUCAAGUCUUUUAUUGCUGGAGGUAAAACUUUUCGUUUGUGUGAUAAAUGGUGUAGCUGGAAUGUGUGCAAAAACGACUGUGGCUCCACUUGACAGAAUAAAAAUACUUCUACAGGCUCAUAAUCAUCAUUAUAAGCAUUUAGGUGUGUUUUCUGGUUUGAAAAGCAUUGUAGAGAAAGAAAAAGUGUGGGGCUUAUACAAGGGUAACGGGGCUCAGAUGGUGCGAAUAUUUCCAUAUGCAGCUGUUCAGUUUCUCUCCUUUGAAUGCUAUAAAAAAAUAUUGAGGAAUAAUUUUGGUCAAUCUCAAGAAUUGAAACUUCUUGCUGGAUCUGCUGCAGGUGUUACUGCUGUGUUGAUGACAUAUCCUCUAGAUGUUGUCCGAGCUCGUCUAGCCUUUCAAGUUACUGGUGAACAUGUUUAUACUGGCAUUGUGCAUACAUUGUUUUGCAUAUUUAGGACAGAAGGAGGAAUGAGAGCUUUGUACAAAGGAUUAUCUCCAACUGUUCUGGGUAUGAUUCCUUACGCAGGUUUAUCAUUUUAUUCAUUUGAAAGAUUGAAGCUCUGGUGUCUCGAAUACUUACCAUCUGUAUGUGGGAAAUCUCGUUCUAGUAGCAGUGGUGGAAUAGUUCUAAAUGUGCCUGCACUUCUUCUUUGUGGUGGCAUUGCUGGAGGUGUGGCACAGACUGUGUCAUAUCCUCUGGAUGUUGCUCGUAGAAAAAUGCAACUGAGCAUGAUGCGGCCAGAGACUCACAGAUUUGGGAAAGAUCUCAUUACCACCCUUGUCUUGACAUUCCGUGAAGAUGGCAUUAAGAAAGGACUUUACAGAGGAAUGUCCAUAAAUUAUUUAAGAGCAAUUCCAAUGACUGCUGUAUCAUUUUCCACAUACGAGCUGAUGAAACGGCUUUUAGGACUGGACACUGGAAUUGAGUCUUGAUGUCAUGGCUUCAGUUUGUAUGUUGAGUCACUUUUAACUUUAUGCGGACUGAUUUUGCUGCUCAAGAUCUGAAUGAAUCUGAUGAAUAUUUUUCAUACUGGUUUGGAAUUUUAUUGUGCCCUGAUUUUUUUAAAUUUGGGCCCAGGAUCAUUUCUGUUGAUCUUUUAGAAGAUUCCUUGUUAGAGGGAUUUAUGUAUACAAAUGUUGUCAUAAUUUAUUUAUUUUUGUCACGGUCAUCAUGUUUUGUUCAUCUUUAAAUGGGCAUGUAGAAAUGAAUAAAUUAGAAGUUAAUUUUUGACUGAAAAAAGAAAUUUAACUUCCAUGAAUUUGUUUUUACUAGUAUUAACUUACAUUUAAUAAAUAUAUUGAUUUAAAUUUAGUUAUGGAGUGAAUUUAAAAAUAAAAUUAAAAAGAUACAUAAAUUAAAUUAUUUUAAAAUGUCUUGAUUUUAUGUAUUUUAUGUAAGUUUAGAUUUAUAUCAAUAUGUAUUAACUUUACCCCAUGUAUAUGAAUUCAAAAAUUUCCUUCUUAUAUAUACACCAAUUUAAAAAUAGCAGGAAAAAAUUAAUUUUGAAGAACUUAAUUGAAUGAACAUUUUGAAAGAUCCCAGUAUUAUUUCAAGUGCAUAUUGUUUCCCAUUGUAUUUAAUAUUUGAUAUUAUUACAUAAGGGGUAAAAUUUUAAUUUCCAGUGAUUUUACUGCUUGAUUUGGACUUUGAAGAAGUAAAGGUUCAUAACUAGAUUACAAAAAGAAAAUAUUUUCUAGAGUGGAAAGUUUCAAAUUGCUAUUUGGAAGCUGUAUGAAAUUAGCUUUAUAGCAGAAUUUGAUUAAGAAGUAUUACUUUAUUGUUCAGAAAUUUAUGCAUAGUUUGAUUUUUAAUUGGAGCAAAAACUUUAUUUAGGUUUAUUUUACUGUAAAUAUCUGAAAUUCAUAGUUUGCAUCAUUGCUUCCAAAUUUAAAUGUGCAAUUUUAUUGAU